AUGACCGAUAAUGCUUCUUCUGUUGGUGGUGCUCUGGUUGAAUCUGAGGGCGAGGAUUUGAACGAGUCCAGCAAUAUGAUCCAAUAUGAUCGUUAUGGAUUUUAUGGGGGCAAGGAAUACACAAAUCCAGAAAACUUCAGUGGCGCGCGAAGUUUGACCAUGAACCAGUCAGAAUAUGUCAUACUUUUGUCAUACUUCAUUCACACUUCAUUAGCAUAUGGAAUUAAAGCUUUGGUUGAUAGUCUUGAGUUCUGUAUUUGGAUGCUGGGGCUAAACGUCAUGUUUUGUGCAUGCGCAUUUGUUUCCGUGAACAUACUGCUAGACUAA